UGUGUCUGAAACUUCACUCUGCACUCUGACCCCGCCCCCGUCCCCUCACACACCCACACCCACCCUCUUCCUGUCAGCCCCCCGUCCAAGGCGCUCGUCUCCGGGGGAGAGGAUGCCAGACUGGUCGCUCGUCUCUGCGUUGUUAUGGAAACUGGCCGCUGGCUCUGCCAAUUAUGGCGCAGCUUUUGGAGAGAACAAAACGCCCUUGUGUUUAGGAUCCGGGCGCUGCUCUGUGCUGUGACUGCUGUCGUGUCAGGACUGGGGCGCAGUGCACAGACAGCGACCGAAACGUGUGUGCUGACCUGGUCAGUGUGUGUACAGUGUGUGCACAGUGCAACAUUCCACAGACGACUCCUUAAGACAUUACAAUUACGAUUGUUUUUGUUUGUUUUAGAAAAAUAAAGCAAUGAGACCACAUGCACAAAAAAUGUGCAUUUGAUAGGCUUAGUGUUGAGGGAAACUGACGACAGUGUCAUCGUAGAGUAGCCUUAGAUUAGCAUUGGUACCUCUGUAACAGCACAUUAUUGAAUGAAACUACAGUAUGUUGUUAUAACGUAACACACAUCUGCACUACCACGGCACCGCACCUCCGUAACGCCCGAUUCGAGGCGUGCUGCGCCCGUGACUCCGUCGGGAUGACAGCAGUCUGGUGCUGAAGGGACAGCGCCCUUCGCCAGCCGUCGACCGUGACGCAGCAAACCACCAAAGGUUUGGGAGUCUGGUUUAAGAGCUGUCCAAUCUUCCAAUCACUGCAUUAAUAAAGACAAGUAAUGUUUAAGACCCACGCAACUGUCAUUUACAUACUACGAUGAACUUUUAUCUACGUGUUUGUUAGUUUGAUUUUUUGGCUAACGUUGUGCUUAUUCAUCCUAUGUAGACGUCAUUCUCGGGGCGUAUAUUCCCGAUCAGAUGAAUCGGUAAAUGAUCCGAGAGAGGAACGAGAGACUCCUGAGGUGUCUGUGUCAUUUUCAGCCACUUUCUAACUGCUGCACUUCCGGAGAAAUCCUCCGGUCGCUCCCGCCCUGCCUCUCGAGCGUGUCUGUGUGGGAGUCUCUUCUACGUCCAGAGGAGCAGAGACGCAUAUUGAUGUUCAAGGCUUGAGAGAAGGACCACCUGCAUUCACCGGAAAGGCGGUGGUGGCUCUGACUUGCAUCUUUUCGCGACCAGCCGUUUCUCAGCCAGAAGAACACAUAGAUUAGCCACUUUUGUCUCCCCAACAAUGGCCGCUACCGAGGAUGUACCAGCUUUCUUCAAGAACAUGGGCUCGGGCAGCCCCAAGCCACGACAGAAAUUCUGUGGCAUGUUCUGCCCAGUGGAGGGCUCGGGCGACAGCAAAACCCUGGAUUUCGAUGCGCUGUCUGCGAGCGGUAGAUCAGUCACACCAGGCGGCCGGGUGAUUGAGAAGCAGGGAGAUAUCUCGCGACCCAAAGUUGAGAUCCGUCACACCACCGGCAAGGAAGCGCUGCAGAACAUCCACGACAAGAGUGAUCGUCUCCUGAUCAAAGGGGCAAAGAUUGUGAACGAUGACCAGUCCUUCUGCGCGGAUAUCUACAUGGAGGAUGGCCUCAUCAAGCAGAUCGGGGAGAACCUGAUCGUCCCAGGCGGGGUGAAGACCAUCGACGCCCACGGCCGCAUGCUGCUCCCGGGGGGCAUUGACGUGCACACGCGCUUCCAGAUGCCCGACCGAGGCAUGACGGCCGCUGACGACUUCUACCAGGGCACGCGUGCAGCCCUGGCUGGGGGCACUACCAUGAUCAUCGACCAUGUUGUCCCAGAGCCUGGCGCUAGUCUCCUGUCGGCGUUUGAGCAGUGGCGCCAGUGGGCGGACAGCAAGUCCUGCUGCGACUACUCGCUGCACGUGGACAUCACCGAGUGGCACAAGGGUAUCCAGGAGGAGAUGGAGGCACUCAUCAAGGACCACGGCGUGAACUCCUUCCUGGUCUAUCUGGCUUAUAAGGAUAUCUUCCAGCUCACUGACUCACAGGUGUACGAGGUGUUCAGCACCAUCCGUGACCUGGGAGCCAUCGCUCAAGUGCACGCUGAGAAUGGAGAUAUCAUCGCUGAGGAGCAGCAGCGUAUCCUGUCUCUUGGAAUCACAGGACCAGAGGGCCACGUGCUCAGCCGCCCAGAGGAGGUGGAGGCUGAGGCAGUGAACCGCUCAGUGACCAUCGCCAAUCAGACCAACUGCCCCCUCUACAUCACCAAGGUGAUGAGCAGGAGUGCUGCUGAUGUCAUCGCCAUGGCCAGAAAGAAAGGCACUGUUGUGUAUGGAGAGCCAAUCACUGCUAGUCUUGGCACGGACGGCUCGCACUAUUGGAGCAAGAACUGGGCAAAGGCGGCGGCUUUUGUGACAUCUCCUCCUCUGAGCCCUGACCCCAUGACCCCUGACUAUCUCAACUCUCUGCUGUCCUGCGGUGAUCUGCAGGUGACUGGCAGUGCCCACUGCACCUUCAACACUUGCCAGCGUGCCGUGGGCAAAGAUGACUUCAGCCUCAUCCCCGAGGGCACCAACGGCACUGAGGAGAGAAUGUCUCUCAUCUGGGACAAGUGUGUGGUCACAGGGAAGAUGGAUGAGAACCAGUUUGUGGCGGUCACCAGCACCAACGCAGCCAAGAUCUUCAACCUGUACCCCCGUAAGGGUCGCAUCGCCGUGGGCUCCGAUGCUGACCUGGUGCUCUGGGACCCCGACAUCACCAAGAUCAUCUCUGCCAAGAGCCACAACUCUGAGGUGGAGUAUAACAUCUUUGAGGGGAUGGAGGUCCGUGGGGGGCCACUGGUGGUGAUCAGCCAGGGCAAGAUCGUCCUGGAGGAGGGAACCCUCCACACCACAGAGGGCUCUGGACGCUUCGUCGCCCGCAAACCCUUCCCUGACUACGUCUACAAGAGGAUAAAGGCUCGCAGCAGGCUGGCUGAGCUGAGGGGUGUUCCCCGUGGCCUGUAUGACGGACCUGUUUGUGAGGUGUCCGUCACCCCAAAGACGUUGACCCCCGCGUCCUCUGCAAAGACUUCUCCCGCUAAGCAGCCAUCUCAGCCCGUUCGCAACCUGCACCAGUCUGGAUUCAGUCUCUCUGGCGCUCAAGUUGAUGACAACAUCCCCCGACGCAACACCCAGCGCAUCGUUGCCCCACCCGGGGGCAGGGCCAACAUCACCAGCCUGGGUUAAGCCCCGUCCAGCGUGUGAGAAGAAGAGGAGGUUUGGGGGGGGGGGGGUCACCAGGAGAUGGGGGUGUUAGUCAUGACAUCACACCCCCACCCCCACCCCAUCAGCCAAAUCCUCCAGAGGGCAUCCAUGUCCUCCCCCACAACCCUCUACAACACACACCCUCCCACCCCCACA